AUGGCAAUGGCAGCAUCAGCAGGAUACUUUGCAAUUGGUUUUCGAAGCAUUCAAAUUAUUCAAGUUAGACUUCGAAAACCAGAUUAUAAGCCUCCAUUCAUAAAAGCUAAAAAGAUUCCUCGUGAAGAUGCUGGCUAUCGUGUUACUGAUGGAAAUAUCGCUGCUAUUGAUUUUGGUACUACAUCAGUUUCAAUUGCCUUCAUUACAAAAGGAGAUGAAAAAGUUACCACACUUACGCUAGACCGGGAAGACCAGUCUACUCGUGUUCCUAAUGCUGUCCUUUUGAAGAAAGAAGAUGAUGGCAAAAUGAAGGUAGUAGCUUUUGGAAGCAUAGCUCGAAAAAAAUUUACUUCAAUGAGAUCAAGUGAACAUCACACACAUGUCUACUUUGAGAGAAUCAAGAUGUUAAUGAGAAGAGAAAAGGCAGUUGAUAGAGAUACAGUAGUUGAGUCAUUUUCUGGUGAUAAAUUCUAUCUGGUUGAAGUCAUUGCAUUUAUACUGAAGUACCUGAAGGAUCUACUGAUUAAUCAUUUCUCAUGUACCGUCAAACCAUUGAAGACAACUGAUUUUGAUUGGGUCAUUACUGUGCCUGCUAUAUGGGAUGCACGAGGAAAAAGAAUGAUGAGAGAAGCUGCUUAUCUGGCUGGUUUGCUGACAGAAUAUGGUAGCAUCAAUAAGUUCACUCCAGUGUCUUAUCGCUCUUUGCCUCUUCCAAAUGAAGUGAAUCCUGACAAGCUAUCAUUAGCACUGGAGCCUGAAUCAGCUGCUCUUUACAGCCAGGAAACAGUAGGAGACCAGAUUGAAAGUGAUCCAGCCACAUCAAUUAUCCCACGUCCAUCAGAUUACAUGGUUAUAGAUGCUGGAGGUGGUACAAUAGAUAUCACAGCUCACAUUGAAGCUGAUGGUAGUAUUGUAGUUGAGAAUAUACCAACUGGCAAUGCAUGGGGUGGUACGCAGAUUAAUGAAGCUUUCUCUAAAAUUCUUGAAGGUAUAGCUAAUGAUCCUGGAUUUGAAAAGUUUUUGGCUUCUGGAGACCGAUCUCAAAAUAUGGCCGAUAUCAUUAAAAUUUUUUACACUGAAUUUGAAAGUGAGAAGUUGCUCUUUGGAAAGGAACAGACAGAAGAAAUUCGUAUUUCAUUACCAAGUCGUUUUGUUAGGUUUCAUGAUAAAAACCUUCAGGCUGGUAUCAAGAAAAGGAGUGGUAUCGAUUAUGAAGAUGACAUGCUAUACAUCUCAAAGGAAGUAGUGGAGUCCGAGUUGUUUGGCCCAGCACUUAAUGGUAUAAUAGAGUGCACUUUACAAGCUAUCAAAUCAAAUGAUAAUGAUCUUAGUACCUUCUAUUUGGUUGGUGGGUUUGGAGGCUGCAAGUAUGUACAUAAGAAGGUCAAAGCUGCUAUAGAUAAAAGUUUUCAUGGCCAGGGUCGUUCUUGCAAUGUAAUAGUGCCUCCUACUCCUCAAUUAGCUGUUGCUACAGGAGCUGCUAUUUGGCGUAAGAAUCCAGAGAAGAUUAAAGCAAGACGAUCUGAUGCUACGUAUGGGAUAGGAGCAACUCAAUCAUUUGAAGAUGACAAGCAUGAUGAGUAUUACAAGUUUUAUAAUGAAGAGCAAGAAAAAUAUAAAUGUGAUAGCAUAUUUAGUGUGUUUUUAGAAAAAGGUGAACUAGCAAAAUCUGAUGAGGUUAUUACUGCUUCAUCAAGGCCAUCACGACAAAGGAACACCACUAUGAAAUUGCAGAUAUACUCCACUCCUGAUCUUGGAAUCCAAUACAUCAAAGAUAAAAAUGGCAAAAGCACCGUUACCAAAAUUGGUCAAAUAGUUAUUGAUAUUCCUAAUCCUGAUAAUCUGCCUAGAGAAAAGCGUCUAGUUGAUGUCACAAUGGAUUUUAGUGGUACAGAGAUUCAAGCUAAAGCAAAGUAUCGAGUUACUGGAGAAGAAGUUAAAACUGUUUGUGACUUUCUUUCUGCUCAACAAACUUAG